AUGGCAGGCGGCUCAGCUGGAGGGGCUCGGGUGGAGGGGCUCACAGGCUGUGGAGGGGCUCACAGGCUGUGGAGGGGCUCACAGGCUGUGGAGGCGCUCACAUGCUGUGGAGGGGCUCACAGGCUGUGGAGGGGCUCACAGGCUGUGGAGGGGCUCACAGGCUGUGGAGGGGCUCACAGGCUGUGGAGGGGCUCACAGGCUGUGGAGGGGCUCACAGGCUGUGGAGGGGCUCACAGGCUGUGGAGGGGCUCACAGGCUGUGGAGGGGCUCACAGGCUGUGGAGGGGCUCACAGGCUGUGGAGGGGCUCACAGGCUGUGGAGGGGCUCACAGGCUGUGGAGGGGCUCACAGGCUGUGGAGGGGCUCACAUGCUGUGGAGGGGCUCACAGGCUGUGGAGGGGCUCACAGGCUGUGGAGGGGCUCACAGGCUGUGGAGGGGCUCACAGGCUGUGGAGGGGCUCACAGGCUGUGGAGGGGCUCACAGGCUGUGGAGGGGCUCACAGGCUGUGGAGGGGCUCACAGGCUGUGGAGGGGCUCACAGGCUGUGGAGGGGCUCACAGGCUGUGGAGGGGCUCACAGGCUGUGGAGGGGCUCACAGGCUGUGGAGGGGCUCACAGGCUGUGGAGGGGCUCACAGGCUGUGGAGGGGCUCACAGGCUGUGGAGGGGCUCACAGGCUGUGGAGGGGCUCACAGGCUGUGGAGGGGCUCACAGGCUGUGGAGGGGCUCACAGGCUGUGGAGGGGCUCACAGGCUGUGGAGGGGCUCACAGGCUGUGGAGGGGCUCACAGGCUGUGGAGGGGCUCACAGGCUGUGGAGGGGCUCACAGGCUGUGGAGGGGCUCACAGGCUGUGGAGGGGCUCACAGGCUGUGGAGGGGCUCACAGGCUGUGGAGGGGCUCACAUGCUGUGGAGGGGCUCACAGGCUGUGGAGGGGCUCACAGGCUGUGGAGGGGCUCACAGGCUGUAGAGGGGCUCACAGGCUGAGGAGGGGCUCACGGGCUGUGGAGGGGCUCACAGGCUGUGGAGGGGCUCACAGGCUGUGGAGGGGCUCACAGGCUGUGGAGGGGCUCACAGGCUGUGGAGGGGCUCACAGGCUGUGGAGGGGCUCACAGGCUGUGGAGGGGCUCACAGGCUGUGGAGGGGCUCACAGGCUGUGGAGGGGCUCACAGGCUGUGGAGGGGCUCACAGGCUGUGGAGGGGCUCACAGGCUGUGGAGGGGCUCACAGGCUGUGGAGGGGCUCACAGGCUGUGGAGGGGCUCACAGGCUGUGGAGGGGCUCACAGGCUGUGCAGCUGAUCGAGCGUGGAGAGCGCGUCGAUGGGUCCUACUAG